UUAGUUAAAAUGUUGAUAAGAACCAAACAUGAUCGUGGAACCGAACUGAAAAUCGCUCAUUCUUAUCUAUAUGUGUAAUAAAUAAUGCGAAGAGUACAACUGAGAUGAUCAGCAAUCACAGUUUCUAAACUUUGAAUGGAAACAUAAAUUAGAUUAAUUUUAGCAGCAGCUUGAGUAGCACACACACCAGAAUGAUUAACGACAACACCGAAUUGAUAAUAUUCGAUUCCGACGCUGGCAUAGACGAUGCAUGGGCAUUGCUGAUGUUAUUAAAAGCCGAACAAGUUCGAAAUAUCAAAGUGAUAGCUAUCACACUGGUGCAUGGGAACACAACGGUUGACUAUGCAGCUGAUAAUUGUUUACGAAUACUGAAUUCAGUGAAUCGGACAGAUGUUCCCAUUUACAAAGGUGCUCGUGAAUCUUUACUUCCAAAAUGUCCACACAUAUCAACGUGGUUCGGGGUCGACGGUUUUGGAGACAUGGAUUAUGAUGAUGAACCAGAAAGGUUUCGCAUUCAAAGUGAGCAUGCGGUUAGUGCGAUGUACAGACUGGUUAAUGAGCAUCCUGGGAAGAUAACUUUCGUCUGUGUUGGACCGUUGACUAACGUCGCCCUGGCUAUCAAAAUGUAUCACGAUUUUGCAGACAAAGUUAAGUCUCUGUAUAUAAUGGGCGGAAACUGCAGCGCCACGGGAAACUCGUCUAGUUGUGCGGAAUUCAAUUUCUAUUGCGAUCCCGAAAGUGCAUUCAUUUUGCUGAAAAGCUUACAGUGCCCUAUCUACAUGUUACCUUGGGAGACGUGCAUGGAAGAUAAAAUUGAUAUACCAUUGGAAUGGCGCAUUGAGGAGCUGGGGAAAACUCAGAAUAAAAUGAUGGAACUACUGAACGAAGCUGAAAUCAAAGUGUUUCGGCGAAACAAGUGCGUUAAAUGGAAUCCUUGCGAUGCAUUCGUUACAGCAGUUCUGCUGAAGCCUAACGAAAUUAUACUGAAAUCGAAAAAUUGUCACGCAACUGUGGAGUUGAGCGGUAGCUUAACCAGAGGCCAAGUGGUGAUCGAUCAUUUGAAUAGAAAUCAAAACAACAUCACCAUCGUUGAGCAAGUAGAUGUGGAGAAAUGUAAACAAUUGUUUUUAUGGACGGCUGGUUGUGAUAAUAUUGAGUUUUGAUUAAACC